AUGGCCGACAAGGAGUAUACCUACCAGGACGUUGCCGAGCACAACACCAAGAAGGACCUGUUCAUGGUCAUUCACGACAAGAUCUAUGACUGCACCAAGUUUGUGGACGAGCACCCCGGUGGUGAGGAGGUGAUGCUCGAUGUUGGUGGUCAGGAUGCGACAGAGGCUUUCGAGGAUGUCGGCCACAGUGACGAGGCCCGGGAAACACUGGAGCAGCUGCUCGUCGGCACCCUGAAGAGACAGCCCGGCGAUCCGAGCCCCACGGCCUCCAAGCCCUCGCUUUCGCCUCAGGCCAACACCAGCUCUGCCGGCCUCGGCACGGUUGCCUAUGCUGUCGUCUUCAUCGGUGGUCUGGCCGCCUUUGGUGCCUACCAGUACCUCCAGAGCCAGCAGGAGCAGCAGGCUUAG